GCCGCCAUUUUCCUCGGAGCGGAAGAAGGAAGAGCAGAGGGAAAACAUUCAUCUCCGGUGGAAAAAAUCCUCCACAAACACCGAAUCUGUGCGAUGGAAGUCCCGGGACCGGACAGCGACUGGAGGAGCCCCCAGUUCCGACAGAAAGUCGUCGCUCAGAUUGAAGAGGCCAUGAGAAAGGCGGGAACAGCGCACACCAAGUCCAGCAACGACAUGGAGAACCACGUGUACGUCAAAGCCAAAUCCAGAGAGGAGUAUUUGUCUCUGGUGGCGAGGCUGAUCAUUCACUUCCGAGACAUCCACAAGAAGUCCCUGGGAGGUCCAGAUCCCAUGAAUACCCUGACUAACCUGACAGGGGUUGGAGGGGGCCCGGGCGCCAUUGGCAUGGGGCCUCGCCCCACCGGUGCUCCAGUGGGUGGCAUGGGGGCCAUGGGGCCGAUGCAGAUAGGCCAGCAUGCCAUGGCAGGGGUGGCUGGAAACCCACAAGCCAUAGGGGGUCCGGGCCAGAUGCCGAUGCAGCAGAUGGUGCAAGCGCAGCAGCAGCAGCAGUCCAUCCAGUUCCAGCAGUUCCAGCAGCAACAGCAGCAGCAGCAGAACGCCAUGCAGCAGCAGAACGCCAUCCAGCAGCAGUUCCAGGUGCAGCAGCAGCUGAGGGUGCAGCAGCUGCAGCAGCAACAGCAGCAGCACCAACAGCUCCAGCAGCAGCACCAGAACCAGCAGCAGCAGCAGGCCCAGAACCAGCAGCAGCAGAACCAGAUGCACCAGACGAGGAUUCAGCAGCAGCAGCAGCAGCAGCAGCAGAUGGUGCAGCUGCAGCUCCAGCAGCAUGCCCAGGCUCAAGCUCAAGCUCAGGCUCAGGCUCAAGCUCAAGCUCAAGCUCAAGCCCAGGCUCAGGCCCAGGCUCAGGCCCAGGCUCAGGCCCAGGCUCAGGCCCAAGCCCAGGCUCAGGCCCAGGCCCAGGCUCAAGCUCAGGCUCAGGUCCAGGCUCAGGCCCAGACCAUGCAGCACAUGGUUCAGCAGCAGCAGCAGCAGGUUCAGGCCCAGGGUCAGCCUCAGCCGGGUCAGAUGCCUCCACACUCUCAGCAGCAGCAGCAGCAGUCCGGCAUGGUGCCUCAGUCUCUGCCCGGACAGAUGACGUCCGCUCAGCACGUUCCCAUCAACUCGCUGAAUCAGCAGCAGCAGCAGCACCAGCUAAAGAUCCAGGCCUUCCAGCAGGCCCGUGCAGUCUUGCAGCAGCAGCAGGUCCAGCAUGCUCAGCAGGCAGCGCAGCAGGCCCAGCAGGCCCAGCAGGCAGCAGCUCAGGCGCAGCUCAACGCAGUCGCUGCAGCAGCCGCCGCCGCCGGACCGGGACAGGUGAGACUGCAGCCACGGCAAGCUCAGUUGGGUCGUCCUGGGAUGCAGAUUUCUAACCGACCUCGAGCCGCCCUCAACCCCUCCAUCCCUCCUCCAAAUGCUGCUGCCGCUGCCGCCGCCGCCGCUGCUGCCGCCGCCGCCGCUGCUGUGGGAGGACAGCCGAUGACGCAGCAGGUGCAGCAGCACUCGAUGAUGUCAUCGCCCUCACCUGUGCAGGUUCAGACGCCGCAGUCGAUGCCCCCUCCUCCCCAGCCAUCACCGCAGCCCCCCACCUCACAGCCCAACUCGGCCAGCUCCGGCCCAACUCCGUCUCCAGGGGGUUUCCAGCCCAGCCCCUCCCCUCAGCCCUCACAAAGCCCUGCCACCGCCCGCACCCCCCAGAACUACGGAGUCCCCUCUCCAGGACCACUUAAUACUCCAGGUAACCCCAGCUCAGUGAUGAGUCCGGCGGGGGCCACGUCUCUGGAGGACCAGCAGUACAUGGAGAAACUCAAACAGCUCUCCAAGUACAUUGAACCUCUGCGCAGGAUGAUCAACAAGAUCGACAAAAACGAAGACAGGAAGAAGGACCUGAGUAAGAUGAAGAGUUUGCUCAACAUCCUGACCGAUCCAAACACCAGGUGUCCUCUGAGGACUCUGCAGAAAUGUGAGAUAGCUUUAGAGAAGCUGAAGAACGACAUGGCUGUGCCGACCCCCCCUCCCCCUCCCGUGGCCACCAAGCAGCAGUAUCUCUGUCAGCCGCUGCUGGACGCCGUCAUGGCCAACAUCCGCUCUCCGGUCUUCAACCACUCCCUGUACCGGACCUUCGCCCCCGCUAUGACCGCCAUCCACGGACCCCCCAUCAUGGGUCCCAACGUCUCCGGUCGGAAGAGGAAGCACGAGGAGGACGAGCGGCAGACCAUCCCCAACAUCCUGCAGGGGGAGGUGGCUCGCCUGGACGUCAAGUUCCUGGUCAACCUGGAUCCUUCCUUCUGCAGCAACAACGGCACCGUGCACCUCGUCUGCAAGCUGGAUGAUAAAAACCUCCCCAGCGUUCCCCCCCUGCAGCUCAGCGUUCCUGCUGAUUACCCCGAGCAGAGUCCGUACUGGGCCGAUGACGGGGAGCAGUACGGUGCGAACAGCUUCCUACAGACGGUCCACAGAAAUAUGACGUCCAAACUGCUGCAGCUGCCGGACAAACACUCAGUGACGGAACUGCUCAACACCUGGGCUCAGAGCGUCCGCCAGGCCUGUCUGUCUGCAGCCUGAGGCCCCGCCCACUGCCCACCUGACCUCACCUGCUGCAGCCACAGUAACCCCACCCCACACACUGUUUACAUGGACACUACAGUCUGACUCGACAUCAGACCGGUCUCAUGUCUGUGACUCGUCACUUUCAGACAUUUUCAAACUUUAAAGGUUCUGGGUCAAACUGCAACUCAGACCACAUGACUCAGCCUGGUAACAGAUUGACAGGUGUGAGGCGUUCAGGGACUAAAGUGAGGGUGGAGGGUAAAAGGAGGAACUGAACACUUUGGAUUCAGCUGAAGGACCUAAAGAACCUCAUGUUCAGACAAGAACUGCAUUAAGAUCUGCUACAAGGACACAAAUCCCCUCUCCAUUCACCCCUACAGCCACCGUCACAAACCCCCAACACACCUUAAGAACCAGUUUAAGGACCCAACGAACCCCAAUAUCAACCUGUAGAACCCCCCCAAGGACUAAAGGAACCCUUUAGUUGCAACUGCAAAAAUCAUUUCUGGAGAGAGAGAACCUUUCAAACACAUUGACUGUACCUGGUUUUCAGUCUCACCUGUCGGACCUGUUUAACUGUCAUAAAUAAUGUGGAUGUGGGAAAUGAUCCAGCUGACGUCACGUAGUCUGAGUCUGACAUUAGUCCUGAGUCCAGCUCCUCACCUGUCAGGUGUCCACCUGUGUCCAGGUUUUAGACGGAGCCACUUGCUUGUAGACAACAUCUCCAGUCAGGAAACGUAAAGGGAAACGAGCAACAGCUCAGCUGUUAAUUUAUCCUGGCUUUUAUUCUGCUCCCUGAACGCAUCACAAGUUUGUUUCUGUUGCUUAUUUAGUUGGAACGAGUUUAGUUCUGUUUGAGGUGUAAUUAAGUUUUGUACCACAGAAGAAGAAGAUGAUGAUGAUGAUGAUGUGUGGAAAAAGGUUUGUACACUUUGGUUCAAAGUGAAAAUAUAAAUGUAUUUUCUGCUUUUAUAAAUAAAAACUUGUCAUUUGAUCUUUUUAAA